AUGUACAGGUUGAAGUCACGAUUCAACUGGAGAUCCGGAGUCGCUUUACAACCCGCAUUGGCGCGACACUACGCUGGCACGGCGGCCGUUAAGCCCGCUGCAGCCGCCUGCACCAAGUCGACUCUCGCGCCAUACGCCAAAUCUGUCCAACUGACACCUGACGGAUUGUUUCUCCUGCACUGGAACAUCACCGCGAUGAACGACGGAAUCAUCGCUGCGCUCGAGGCGAAGCCCGGCAGCGGCGCCGAGACAGGCUGGAUGUCCAUUGGCUGGACGAAGAAAGCUGGUCUCAUGGCUCCUGCUGACGCGGUGGUGGGGAAUCUGAAAGCACCGAACAGCAUUGCGGCCUACACUAUGAAGGGAAAGACCUUGGCCUUCAAUAUGAUCAAGAAGUCAACCUCAGCAGCGCUGAAGCUCUCUGCGAAAUCGGUGGUUUCCACUGCUGAUGGUGGCAAGAUUGUGAAGUUCACUCGCUUGGGCAAGGGUGUUCUGAGUCCUGUCAGUUACACGGGUAACAACAACAUGAUCUGGGCCUACUCCAACUCCAAGGCUUUCAACAUGCACACCAAUCGGGGUAGCAUUGUCAUCAAUCUCGGAUGCACGCCGGUGUGA